AAGUUGAUAAAAAUAAAAUUAGUAACCGUAUGUUUAUUGACAAACGUGUCGAGCAGAAGUAUGUGGUAACUUUUUUUGUUGCAGAUAUUAAGAAACUUAAGCAGCAUUAGAAGAAUGAGAAUUCAUCCAAAACGUAUUGCAUUUGUUUUAGUAUUAUCCUCUUUGCUCUGUUCUGCAAUAUACUUUACAAGUGGAGGUGAAAUGUUUCGCAGAGAUACGUUGCACAUUCAUGAUAAUCAUCCAGCUAAAUCUCGUAUAAAAAUUAGCAUCUCCACAGAUAUGGUGGCAGGAAAGCAUUUUGGAGAGUUAUUUAUUAAAAAAAUCGAACAACCAACUAUAAAAAGCCCUGCUGUUUAUAAAAGAAACAGUAGAAAGGACAAAGUUGUCAUUACCACGAAGAAAUCAAAAAUAGACAAAUAUUUAGAACGGAUGCAUAAUUUACAUCAGUCUGCGCAUAAUAUUUUCUCCAAAGACGAAUUAAUCGAUUUCUAUAGCAAAGAGAGAAUCUCUGAAGAAAAGUUUAGAAAUGUAUUGGACAUUGACAAAGACUGGAAAUUAUUAAGCACGCUUUUUCCAAGUCCAAAUGAAGAAAAUGACCGUGUAACGGAUCAACUUCGAUUGAAACUAAAAAUUACAAAGCCAAAAAACAUUCUCAUUUGGUCUGGCGAUCAAACAAAUAACAGGGAAAAGCUGUUGAAAGACAAUUGCAACAUUAAAGAAUGCACUGUUACUAGGGAUAAAAGACUUCUUAGCCAUGCCGAUACAGUCUUUUUUGCUGGCAGUGCCGCCUUGAAACGGAACAAUAAGAAUAAGAAUCAAACCUGGGUAUCAUUUCAAAUCGAAUCAGCGCAAAAUUAUCCAACACUGUCGACAACAUCGACUCUCAAUUGGACAGCGAGUUACAGACGCGAUAGCGUUUUGAAUACACCUUACGAAAAAUUCGUACCGUAUCUAAAUGUUACAAAUCUACCAGAUAAACCGUUGAAAAACUACGCACAAGGUAAAAAUAAACUCGUGGCUUGGUUUGUUUCUAAUUGCGGAGGGCAUAACCAAAGAAAAAAUUACGUGGACGAGCUGAAGAAAUACAUCACAGUGGAUGUGUACGGUGGUUGUGGCUCACUGUCAUGUGUCAGGACCGACAAGGGUUGCUUUCAAAUGCUGAAAAGAGACUAUAAAUUUUACUUGGCGUUUGAAAACUCAAAUUGUAAGGAUUAUGUGACAGAGAAGUUGCAUUGGAAUGCAUAUUUAAACAAUAUAGUUCCGAUUGUGAUGGGAGCACAUCCAAACGAUUACAAGAAAUUGGCUCCUCCAAAAAGUUACAUUCAUGUCGACUACUUUAAAUCGCCAGCAGAAUUAGCUGAAUAUUUAAAAUUUCUUGACAAGCAUGACGAUCUUUAUAAUUCUUACUUUCUAUGGAAGGGAACUGGUGAAUUCAUCAAUACAAAAUUUAUGUGUCGCCUAUGCGCUAUGACACAUUUGGCUCCACACUUCCCAAUGUGGUAUGAUAAUGCGAACAAGUGGUGGAAGGAAAAUGAUAUUUGUGUAGGAAGGCAUAACGGUUUUAACUACGCCACUUGGAAAGGAAAGCAAGAAGGGAAAUCAUUCGUGAAUCACGUUAGAUAUGGAUACAAAAGAGAAAGUUAGCGGGUAUUGAGAACUUUUUUUAUAAGGAAUUUGUUUUAUUUUACAUGACAUUCAGCAGUUAGCUCGGUUUUUUGUUUAAGAAAUGAAAAAAAAAUGCGUUCAUUGUUCGUGGACAAAUUUUUAGAAACAAAGUCCGUUUUAUAAAUGAUAUUUUUACUUCAUAAUUUUAUUGAAGUUUUACGAACUUCCAGCCUCGCAAAACAAAAGAAGAUUUGGCUGUAGUAUCUUAGUUGAAAUCAGUCAUUCAAAUUACCAUUCAUUAUUUGACUGUGUGAAUAUCGUAUUUUCUUUUUCAAUUUAUAUACCUGUAGAAAGUUUCAGAAAUUAUUUGUGUUUUUAAAUCUUGAAUUGCCUUCUUUAUUUUAGAAUUCUUUUUUGGACUAUGUUUUAAAAAGUUAGUUAAAACUCUCUGUUCGUUAAGAAGCAUGCGUGAACCUAAAUUAAAAGCGAUUGUUUUCAGUUUCUUAUUAGGUAGAGCAGAAUUGUAGCCGAAAGUUUUUAACUGGAAGGGAUUUAUUGCAGAGGCCGCAAAAUGCACUCUACAUUUUAGGAGUAAGUAUGGAAUCGCAUUAAAAAGUCGAUAAUAUAGAUUUAGAUUGUAAA